CCCCCGCAGGGCUCCCGCUUCCACAGCUCCCGGCGGCGGCGCUACGGGCGCGUGUUCAAGACGCACCUGCUGGGGCGGCCCGUGAUCCGGGUGAGCGGCGCCGACAACGUGCGCAAGCUGCUGCUGGGCGAGCACAGCCUGGUCCGCACCCAGUGGCCCCGCAGUGCCCAUAUUCUGCUGGGCCCGCACACGCUGCUGAGCGCCAGCGGGGACGUGCACCGCGCCCGCAGGAAGAUCCUGGCCCGGGUGUUCAGCCGCGCCGCCCUGGAGAGCUACCUGCCGCGGAUCCAGCAGGCCGUGAGUUGCGAGCUGCGGAGCUGGUGCCGCGAGCCCGGCUCCAUCGCGGUGUACGCCUCCGCCAAAAGCCUGACUUUCCGCAUUGCAGCUCGGAUCCUGCUGGGACUGAAUCUGGAGGAGGGGCAGCUGAAGGACCUGGCCCAAACCUUCGAGCAGCUGGUGGACAACCUGUUCUCCCUGCCCCUCAACAUCCCCUUCAGCGGGCUGCGCAAGGGGAUCAAAGCUCGGGACAUGUUACAUGACUACAUGGAGAAGGCUAUACAGGAAAAACUUCAAAGGAAUGAUUCAGAAGGUCACAGUGAUGCUUUGGAUAUCAUAAUAAACAGUGCCAAGGAGCAUGGCAAAGAAUUCACCAUGCAGGAGCUGAAGGAGUCAGCAAUUGAGCUGAUAUUUGCUGCUUUCUUCACCACUGCUAGUGCCAGCACUUCCCUGAUCCUUCUGCUACUCAAGCACCCCUCAGCAAUAGAAAAAAUAAGACAGGAAUUGGUGGACUGUGAGUUGUCUAGGCAGUGUCAUUGCUAUUCACCUGUAAUCUCCCAAAAUAAUAAUCCCUACCUUGAACCUUGCCAAACAACACUGAUAAUCCAUGAGAAAGAAAGGAAGCCUAAUGACUGUCAGCAGCAUCGCCUCUCCACAACAGAAGGAACCCAGAAAAAUGGUAACCUGCAGCCAGACCUGAAGGCAAAGGAGAUGGAGGAUGGCUCCUCUCUGCAGCCCCUGCUUCUUGAGGAGUCCAGCCUCACCAGAAUGACACAAAAAGCAAUGUGUUUGAAUACAGACUCCCCUUAUGCAGACCACCAGCCAGGGAAAGGUGGCCAGCUGCCCAACAGGCUCCAGCUGCCCACAGGGCCUGUGAUCCCAGGGCCUGAGUGUGAUUGUCAGCCUUAUAUGAACUUGGAGAAAUUGAGCCGCCUGCGCUACUUGGACUGUGUGAUUAAGGAGGUUCUCCGAUUGCUACCCCCUGUCUCUGGAGGCUACAGAACUGCACUACAGACCUUUGAGCUGGAUGGCUACCAGAUCCCCAAGGGCUGGAGCGUGAUGUACAGCAUCCGGGACACGCACGAGACGGCGGCCGUGUACCAGAGCCCGCCCGACGCCUUCGACCCGGACCGCUUCGCCUCGGCCCGGCAGGACGAGGGCCCGGCGGCGGGGCGCUUCCACUACAUCCCCUUCGGCGGCGGCGUGCGGAGCUGCAUCGGCAAGGAGCUGGCGCAGGCCAUCCUCAAGCUGCUGGCCGUCGAGCUGGUCAGCACGGCGCGCUGGGAGCUGGCCACGCCCUGCUUCCCGGAGAUGCAGACGGUGCCCAUCGUGCACCCCGUGGACGGGCUGCAGCUCUACUUCCAGUUUGUUCGUAUCAGGCCGUGA